CUCCAUUGGAACCACAGCUACGAUUAUGAAGAAGGUGGGAAUUCCGGCGGAAAUCACGGAUGACAUCUUACGGAGGCUUCCGGUCGAGUGCCUGGCUCGAUUUUGCUGCCUCAGCAAAUCAUGGUGCGAUCGCCUCUCCGAUCCCUCUUACAUCCUGCAGAAGCUAUCCCGCGGCGGCAUCGAUCCGUCUUCUACGGCUCAUCAAACUAUGAUUAGGAGCGGCGGCGGCUUAUUCUUCUCAAGCUCGUCAAACUACGUUCUGCACUCGCCGCCGCCGGCUGACACGUUCGAGCCCCUCCUUCCGGCGGGCAACAAUCGCGAUCCGCACGUACAAGUUGAAGCAUAUUGCAAUGGUCUGUUUUGUUUGUCCCAAAACGACGGCGGUUUCAAAGAUUUGUUUCUUUGGAAUCGGGCCACCUCGGAAAUCAAACCUAUCCCAUGCCCGCCCAAUAUCUAUCAUAGCUCAGCGGCUGUGCCCUGGCUUGGUCUCGGUUCGCUAACCAAUACCGUAAGUCGGGCCAAGGUUAUUACCCGUAACGGGCCUUGGCUUGGUUUCGACUCGGAAUCGGAUGACUACAAGAUCUUGUGGCAGGCCCGGACCGUCCAUUCCCAGACUGACCAGACUCGUUACUUGGUUGAGGUGUAUAGUUUGAGGAAUGAUUCGUGGAAGAUGUUAGACGACGACAAUGACAAUUGUGGCGAUUAUCAUCCACUGCUCCCGUCGUACUCUACUCCACAACUUCGUAAGGGGAAGUUGUAUUGGUCGCGACUAUCCAAAGAGGCUAUCAAAGACAGUAGUACUUUGUUUUUCGAUUCAUUUGACAUGAGGAGUGAAGUUUUCGAGAGGGUGGAGCUACCUUACCCUACUGCUUCUGCAAAGGAUUUGUCUGGAACUUCCCGAUGUUUGUUGAACGAGGAGUCCAUGGUAGCUCUUUUCGAAGUCCAAGAUGCUAAUGUGACAAGAGACCCUCAUAAUCCAGGGAUGUCGAUUUAUGAUGUCGGUGUGAAAAGGGAUGCUACAUGGGAGAUGUGGGUGUUGUUGAAAUACUGGGUACACGAGUCCUGGACAAAGUUGCUUGUCGUUACUACGCCUCCUGCGUACUUCAUGGGAUUCUCCCGAAAUUUGGAGUGUUUUUUCAAGACACACUAUGGAGAUGAUAAUUGUGUUGUUUUUGAUUCUCAUACCGGAGAAUUUAGGUAUCUUAAAAUUAUGGGAAACGAAGUCGUGACUUAUAUACCUUCUCGAAUGCCUCUCCAGAAUUAUGACAAGAGUAUAGUUGAGAGAAAUAAGUAGUAGUAGUUCCUAUGCUCAUUUUCCUUUUUUUUUUCCUUUCCUUUUAGAGUUUUGUUUUAGGUUACUUCAUCCGAUUGUCACCUUCGUGAACUAGGGACAUUCCUUUUUUUUCUUCUUUUUUUCAUACAUAAUUGAAUAUUUUCCGUCAUUAUUAAAUUGUUUCACACUUAUAAAAAAGAAAACCGAUCAUUAUAUCAAUGUAGAUAUUUUGAUGUUAAUAUAUGGAUUCAAUUGUGACUCUUUACCCUUUUAUGUUUAAUUCUCAUCAAUUGGCAUUCACAAGUUGAGAUAAUGAAUGGUUAAUCGGAUA